CUUGAACAGAAGCAGCUGUCACUCAGGUUAUCUGGGAGAGGGCGGUGUUUGGUGACGGCUGUAGCACAAGGACUUUGUUUUUGUCUAUGCCCACAAAGGAUCACUGGUCUUGUAUUUCCCCAUGCCAGAUUGCAAUCAGCAAUUUCCCCAAGGAGCCCUGGCUUGUUUAGUAGGAGAUGGCAUCUACCAACUAAGUUACGGCAAGUAGGUAGGUGUGGGUGUUGCUACUGGACUAUGCUACUUCUAGACCCUUUUAGUGGAACUAGAGCCAGAACUAGAAAUACGUUUUUAAAAUUCAUAUGUUUCCACUGAUAACUUCAGUUUCAGUCCAGUAACUCAGAGUUCUUCUCCCUUCCCCAUUCCAUAUUUGUAUGUCUCUUACCCAUAGUGAGAACCCUGGUUCCCUGUAAUACCAGAGUCAAAUGUAUCUACUCAUUUCCUCUGUCAUAUGCAAUUUGAACAAAGUGCUUUCAGAAUUACUACAUGAGUGCUACUACCAAGGACAAGCAGAUACAACUUUAGUUCUGUGAUGGUUAAUACUGAGUGUCAACUUGAUUGGAUUGAAGGAUGCAAAGUAGCCAUCCUGGGUGUGUCUGUGAGGGUGUUGCCAAAGGAGGUCAACAUUUGAGUCAGUGGCUGGGAAAGGCAGACCCACCCUUAAUCUGGUGGGCACAAUCUAACCAGCUGCCAGCGAAAACAAAGCAAGUAGAAAAACGUGAAAAGGAGAGACAGGUCUAGCAUCCUGGCCUACAUCUUUCUCCCGUGUUGGAUGCUUCCUGCCCUUGAACAUCGGACUCCAAGUUCUUCAGUCUUGAGACUCAGGCUGGCUCUCCUUGCUCCUCAAGCUUGCAGAUGGCCUAUUGUGGGACCUUGUGAUCAUAACAGCAAGUUAGUGCCUUGGUGACCUUAGAAAAAAAGAGGAAGGAGGUAGCUGAUGCGAUGCUGCACCUAGGGAUGUGAUGACUUUUGCUGUUUCCUGCUUCUGUCAACAACUGAAAAAGAAGACACGACUGAUAACAUCUGAGAGGAAGGAAACUGCAUUGUGCCGGGGAUCUGCAUGUCACAUAUAAAAAGCAAUUUUUUUUUAAUAGACCAGCCUUUCAAAUAGUUUCCAGAGAUGGAUUAUCCUACUUUACUUUUGGCUCUUCUUCAUGUUUACAGAGCUCUAUGUGAAGAGGUGCUUUGGCAUACAUCAGUUCCCUUUACCAAGAACAUGUCUCUAGAAUGUGUGUAUCCAUCAAUGGGCAUCUUAACACAGGUGGAGUGGUUCAAGAUCGGGACCGAGAAGGAUUCCAUAGCCAUUUUCAGCCCUACUCAUGGCAUGGUCAUAAGGAAGCCCUAUGCUGAGAGGGUUUACUUUUUGAAUUCAACGAUGGCUUCCAACAACAUGACUCUUUUCUUUCGGAAUGCCUCUGAAGAUGAUGUUGGCUACUAUUCCUGCUCUCUUUACACUUACCCACAGGGAACUUGGCAGAAGGUGAUACAGGUGGUUCAGUCAGAUAGUUUUGAGGCAGCUGUGCCAUCAAAUAGCCACAUUGUCUCGGAACCUGGAAAGAAUAUCACACUCACCUGUCAGCCUCAGAUGACGUGGCCUGUGCAGGAAGUGAGGUGGGAAAAGAUCCAGCCCCAUCAGAUCGACCUCUUAACUUACUGCAACUUGGUCCAUGGCAGAAAUUUCACCUCCAAGUUCCCAAGACAAAUAGUGAGCAACUGCAGCCACGGGAGGUGGAGCGUCAUCGUCAUCCCCAAUGUCACAGCCUCAGACUCGGGGCUUUACCGCUGCCACUUGCAGGCCAGCGCAGGAGAAAACGAAACCUUCGUGAUGAGACUGACCAUAGCCGAGGGUAAAACCGAUAACCAAUAUACCCUCUUUGUGGCUGGAGGGACUGUUUUAUUGUUGUUGUUUGUUAUCUCAAUUACCACCAUCAUUGUCAUUUUCCUUAACAGAAGGAGAAGGAGAGAGAGAAGAGAUCUAUUUACAGAGUCCUGGGAUACACAGAAGGCACCCAACAACUAUAGAAGUCCCAUCUCUACCAGUCAACCUACCAAUCAAUCCAUGGAUGAUACAAGAGAGGAUAUUUAUGUCAACUAUCCAACCUUCUCUCGCAGACCAAAGACUAGAGUUUAAGCUUAUUCUUGACAUGAGUGCAUUAGUAAUGACUCUUAUGUACUCAUGCAUGGAUCUUUAUGCAAUUUUUUUCCACUACCCAAGAUCUACCUUAGAUACUAGUUGUCUGAAUUGAGUUCAUUUGGUAGGAAAAAUACUUCAUUACCUAAAAUCAUUUUUCAUAGAACUGUUUCGGAAAACCUGACUCUAACUUGUUUGUAUACAAAAGAAAACUUACUGAAUCAUAUAACAGAAUGAUCCAGGGGAGAUUAAGCUUUGGGCAAGGGCUAUUUACCAGGGCUUAAAUGUUGUGUCUAGAAUUAAGUGUGGGCAUAAACUGGCUUCUGAAUCCCUUUCCACAGCGUUGGAUCCAUUUCCCUGGUCUUGGCCUCACUCUCAUGCAGGCUUUCCUCUUGUAUUGGCAAGAUGGCUGCCAACUCUUGGCAAUUCAUACAUCCUUGUUUCCGUCUGGUAGAGAGUUUGCUUCUCAAAUGGAGCAAACAAAUUUGGUUAUUUUUUCAUUGUUAAAUAGGCAUCAUGACCAGAAAGGAUGGAAUGGCUUAAGUAAACUAAGGGUUCACUUCUAGAGCUGAGAGCAGGUUCAAAGCACAAUACUGGGCAAUUCAGAGCAUGGUUAGAAGAGGGAAGGCGAGUCUCAAAGCUGGAGAGUUUGCCAACAAAUAUUGACUGCAGUGAUUAACCAAGACAUUCUUGGUUAACUAAAAAGUGAAAUAUGGGAUGGAUUCUAGAAAUGGGGUAUCUCUGUCCAUACUUCUAGAAUCCACUCUAUCAGCAUAGUCCAGAAGAGUAUCUGGCAAUAGAAGAAAUGAAUAAUCAAGAGGAAGAUAAAUGCGAGAGGGCAAUCCCUUACUAUUCUCAUAUAUAUUUAUCUCUCAUUCUGUAUAGAAUUCUUGCUGCCAUCCCAGAUCUAGCCUCAGGAGCAAAUGUAGUAGAUAGUCCAAUAAUAACUUAAUGUUUUGGACUUUUUUUCUACUUUUUAGAAUUAUUUUUAAUAUGUAAAUUCUCUCAAAAGGGUCAGGCAUCUCUUUAUUAUUUUUUAAUGAUUAUGUGAAACUUGCAUAUAAUAUACCACUAAAAGUGACAGUUGGAAGUGGUGGCAUAGGAUGGUAGCGUAGAAAUUUGGGAGGGAAAAAAGAAAUUGGGAGGGUACAGGGAACAGGAGAAAGGAAUCAAACCACAGAAAAAUACAAAGGGAAACUUCUGCUUCACUAUUUGGACAAAGACAGCCCUAAUGACAUCACCAACAGUCAAAGCAAUUAGAGACCAUACCUGAUAUUGUUUAAAUACUAGAUGUAGGCAAACAAUGAAAAGCAUUUGCCAAACUGAAUAAAACUCUCAUGGUUACCUUGAAAGGACAAUGGCUAUUAUUAAAUAUAGUGAUCAUUCAUGUCUAAAAGAUUCAUUAUUUGUUUCUAAGAUUUCUAAAGACCACCAUCUAGGAAAGAUUCAGUAUGAAGACUGUAUUUAAAUAUCAAAGUUGUGGACUUCAUGAUAAUCUUAAAUGAAGCAAAUCUAAAUUCUCAUGUUGCCUAGACAGAUUCUAAGAUGUAAUUUACACUUUUAAGCUAAUUAGUGAGUAUUUUAUGAUUUUAGCCUUAAACACCAUGUAUGCCAAAUAAUGCACUUGUUUUGUGAAUUACAGAAAUGGUAAGUGCCCACAUUUCUGUGAAUUAUAAAAUUUGUGAGUUUUUUUUAACCCUUUUCAGGAGUGAAAAAAUAAAAAUGAUCAUUUCCUAGUUGUACUUAAGUAUAUGCAAGAAGAGUAAACUCUCAUUUUUAUUAUGUUUGCUUAAAGAUCUUUUUAUACCUGCAUUCAUUAAAUGUUUCCACAAAUAUAUCAGUGUAACAAACUUGAAAGGCAGUUUAGAAGAAAACACCCUACUAUCAGAUCAAUCAAAGAUUCCAUGAGUGAUUUUAUUGGUUUGCAUGGUGAAGCAAGCUUAGCAUCAAUUAAAAGGUAAUAAUUUCUUUUCUGAGUGGUAAAGACAAUCAAAAUAUUACUUUCUGGAAAACUCCAAUAACCAAAUUCUCAAUGAUUAGAGUAUGUGAGCAGGAAAACAUUUUUACAGUUGUAGUAUGGGGAAAUAUAAAUCCAAUUUUAAGAGAGAACAUAAUGACUGGGUGUGGAAAGGACAGUACAGUCAGAUACCAUUGUCAUGGUGGGUUUUACUGGGAACUUCAUGAAAGACUUUUGUAGCAAACAAGCCUCCAGAACAUUUGGAACUUGUCUCUUUUUCCUUGCGUGUGUUUGUGUUUUUGGUCUCUAAUUCAAAAUAUUGAUGAGAAUUUUUUACUCUGUCCUUUCUUCCCUAUGUAUUCUUCCUCUACAGAGUGUAGGAUUUUUUCAGGAAUUUGGAGCCAUCCUAAGUCCUCCCGAAAAUUCUGUGACCUCUUCUGAUGCUCCUGUUAUACCCUCAGGGGUAAUGCUUGUGAAAUUCCAUUCAUUCAUUUUCUUUCUCUGGACAUCUUUACUUACCAAAGCACUUUCAUUGCAAUCUUUUUAACAUCAUCCCUAAUUCGCGAUAGUUUUGGAACUCUCCCUAGUAUAUGUUUCUCCCCCCUACUCUUUUCUACCUAUGAUUCUGAUUGUUACUAAGAAAGCAGAUUAAAAACAGAUCCACAGAAUAAAAGAUCAGAAUUCCAGUGAAUUAUAUUUUAAAUAUAGGUAUUUUUUACAAGUC